AUGGACCUUAUUGCUUAUUUGGCUAAAGAUCCUGAAUACUGGGAUUUUUUUGCCAAGGGAGGAAGAAGACCACACACGAGCGAAAGCUUAACACCUCCACCAGACAUGAUCAGCAAACAAAGAAACGAAACUUCGAAAUGUAAUGAAAAUCAGAGAAAACAAAGAAACGACACAUGUCAUGGAGAUGGCACCGUCGAAUUUAAUAAGAAACUUCGAUGGACUGAUUCACCUCUAAUUCUUGGUGCAACACUUGGCCUUCAUGAGUUUGUAAAGCAAAUUUUAACAGUAUGUCCAGCAUCUGUGUCAGUGCAUGACACAGAGGGGAGGAAUGUCCUUCAAGUGGCAAUUCUGCAUGGUCAGGAAAAGAUUGUUGGGAUUAUAGAGUCAAUGGCCACAGGGAUGAAUCCAGUCUUACCGUCUUGGUUGUUUUCUGAAAUUGAAGAAAAAACACAAAACACCAUCGUGCAUUAUGCUGCUUUUGAAACUGUCAAAGAAAAUUUUCCUGCCACACAAAUGCAAUAUGAGCUCCAAUGGUUUGAGAGGGUGAAAAGAUUGGUCCGUAAAGAUUUAAAUUAUAGCCGAAACGAAGAUGAGAAAACAGCUAAAGAACUUUUCAACGAGAAACACAAGCAUAUGGUUCAGGAAGGCAAACGAGAACUGAUGGAGAUGGGGAAAGUAUACUCAGGCCUUGUAAUUGCUGUGAUCUUUGCUUCUAGUUUCUCCAUACCAGGCGAUACGGAUGCUAAUGAGAACCCAGUUUCCCUCCAUAGGACUGCUUUCAAAGUUUUCUCACAUUUAUAUGCGGUUGGAUUGUCCUUUGCCGCUGCAGCUUUGGUAUGUAAAGCACAUGCCAUCCACCUCACUUUUGUCAUUUGA